GACUCUAUCUGUGGUCGCGUCGCCGCGACGAAGAGGCCACAUGAAAAUCGAAGGACGAGAUGUCUCGGUGAGCCACAAAACGGGUUUUGCUUGCUGACAAAUUUCGACAAUUUGUGAGACUGACUUUAAAGUUUUAAGGUGUCACUUAAACUGAAGAAUUUUAUAGGAUGGCAGACACAAUAGAUAUCGCAUUGCGGAGAACAUCUGGGGCUUCUGAUGAAAGCAACACAAGUGAUGAUGCCUUUGACAGUUUGACCUCUUCUGUUAAUACUCCUCCGUCGUCCAUCUCAAGCUCACCAUCUAAACCUGUCAGAAAGAGGACUAUUUCGACGGGUGGUUCCGGUGACACAGUGCUAAGAACAUCAAAUAGGACCAUCUACACGGCUGGCAGACCACCUUGGUAUAACUCACAAGGCCAGCUCCACGAGGCUUUCGUUAUAGGUCUAUGCGGAGGUAGUGCAUCGGGUAAGACUACAGUAGCCAAUGAAAUCAUCAAAGCCCUGGAUGUACCAUGGGUUAGUCUUCUCUCAAUGGACUCAUUCUAUAAGGUAUUGACGCCCAAGCAGCAUGAGCAAGCCAAUAGAAAUGAAUACAACUUUGAUCAUCCUGAUGCUUUUGAUUUUGAGCUCCUUGUUGAGACGUUAAAGAAACUCAAGGAAGGAAAACAUGUUGAGGUUCCAGUGUAUAAUUUCACAACACAUAGUAGAGAAAGGGAAAUGAAAACCAUGUAUGGUGCUAAUGUAGUCAUCUUUGAAGGUAUCAUGGCCUUUGCCAAGAAAGAACUCAUAGAUGUUAUGGAUCUCAAGAUCUUUGUAGACACUGAUUCAGACAUCAGGCUUGCAAGGAGACUAAAGCGUGACAUCACCGACAGGGGGCGUGACUUAGAGGGCGUUAUUAAACAGUAUAACAAGUUUGUAAAGCCAGCCUUUGAACAGUUCAUUGAACCAUCCAUUCAGCAUGCAGAUAUCGUAGUGCCAAGAGGAGCCGAGAAUGAAGUUGCUAUGAUUCUCAUUGUACAACAUGUACACGAUCAACUCAAAUCUAGGGGGUUCAAGUUCAGAUCUGAGCUGCCGUUAGCCCAUGUCAACCAGCCUCUACCCGAGACUCUCUAUGUUGUUGCCAAUACUGUUCAGGUACAAGGACUACAUACAUUUAUCAGGAAUCGUGAAACAGGGCGUGAUGAAUUCAUCUUCUAUUCCCAACGUUUGACAAGGAUUCUAAUAGAGUAUGCUCUGUCACUGCUACCAUUCGAGGAUUGUACUGUAGAAACACCACAGAAUACUAAGUAUUCAGGAAAGAGAUUUAAGGGGAGGUCCAGUGAUGGCAAAAAUAAGAUAUGCGGUGUGUCCAUUCUGAGAGCAGGGGAGGUGAUGGAGCCUGCAUUGAGUGAGGUGUGUAAGGAUAUCAGACUGGGAAAGAUCCUCAUACAGACCAAUAAUAUAUCAGGAGAACCUGAGUUGCACUACUUGAGGCUGCCUAAGGACAUCAAAAAAGAUUACGUCAUCUUGAUGGAUGCUACCGUGGCAACAGGGGCGGCGGCCAUGAUGGCUAUCAGAGUUCUUCUGGACCAUGAUGUGCCACAAGAAAACAUCUUGUUCUUAUCAUUGCUAGUUGCCGAAUCAGGUGUACAAACUGUGGCUUAUGCCUUCCCCAAAGUUAAGAUAGUAACCACUGCUGUAGAUAAGGAGGUCAAUGAGAACUUUCACAUCAUACCUGGCAUCGGAAAUUUCGGAGACAGAUACUUCGGGACGGAUUCAUGAUAGGACUGACUGGACCCCGUCACACAUCGUUGUAUUCAGUUGGUUAAAGACAAUUGCCUCUAGGAUAUCCUUGAGAUGCUCAGGACAAAUGCAGUGUAUGGAGAGCCAUCUCUGCAAGUUGCACUUGUUUCACACAGUGUUUGGGAUCAGGGUUGUCCAACCUACAGUGUGGGAUACAGGUUUACAUUGUAUGUUGUUCAGGUCUCCUACUACUUCAGUCUGAUCAACAAGAGACUGAUACCAGACUGAAACUCCAUUUGCCAGUGAUAUUAGGGCAUUCUUACGAAGACAGAUGAAAAUGUUUGGAAUUCUUCAAAGAAAUUUCCCAAUGCACCAAGAUGAAAAGAAGAGAAUACUCUGACUGAUAUCUUGGUGGAAAGUGUCAAGAGAAUGGCUUGAUCUGGAAUGAGGAACUACAUAAUUUUCAAGAGAUUCCUGGAGUCACCUACCCUAGCUCUACAACCCUCUGCUCUGUGCUUGAGACGACACAUUCAGAGUUGCCAACUUACUGAUGGUUUCAUUUUAAAUACUGAUUUCUAAAAUUUCAGUUUAGUGUGUUGUCCUACAUGUAUGAUAUUUCUUUGAAAAUGCUGAUUUCACCGAAAUACUGAUUUUCAGCUUUUUAAGUACCGAAAUUAUCCAUUUUUUUUGUUUCACGUUGGCAUUUCUGCACUGUAUUUAUCUACAACUCGGGUCGCAAGCUGACAGUAUCUUGUACCAUACAAUUUUGUUUUUUACUUUGAUUGGAAAUGGCUUGAUGGUAUAACUGUGGUAUUUGUAGCACUAAGGUUAUCACUAAAUGAAUUGGCCUAUCGAGAUCAUCGUUACAUGAGCAUUUUACUCAGUAGACUGAUGGGGAACCAAUCAGACUUCUUUCAAAUUAGCGAUUAAUCUUGGUAGAUAUUUUAGGCUGAAAAAACUAAAUAAAACAGUGGGUGUAUUUGACUGUUUUUGCACACAGUAUUGUGUUAUUUUGUUUUUCUCUUUUUCUUGUGAUUUCAAUUUUCUCUUCAGAGAAAGGCAAUGGCUACAUGUACUUCCAUAAAUGAAUAUGGGUUUGAGACUGUAUGUUAUCUAACUUUUUUUUCAAUAGAGGAUUUAUGAAGAACGCUAACUAGAAAUUUGCAAUGUUUGGUUUAGAAAAAGUAAUGGGGUCAUUCACUCACAGCACAGAUAUUUUUGUCUUCUUUGAUCAAUUCCAUCUCUAUAUUAAUUACACUUGCAUUUGUUCUGACAUUUUUUAUAAUUCUGAAAUUAAUUUGAUAUCGUCAUGUAAGUUUUAAUAUUUUUUCUGUUAUAGGGCUCUAUGGCUUGUUUACUAACUGAUCAGUAUACUUAUUUUUCAGGUAAAAAUAUGAAGCAACUUUGGGGAAAUCAUGUCCCCUACCUGGGCAAUUCCACAAAAUGAUUAACCUUUUAAUACAUCCGACCCCAAUUAUCUCAAGUCUUAAUUCACUUCAAAAAUUGAACUUUGAGAACAUUACAGACCGUCAAGAGAACAAGAAAUCAGAGACAGAAAAUUUCAUGAAGGUCC